UAUAGUAUUCAAAGCUUCAUUUAACAAGCACAAAUAUAAUCCGGCCCAUGGGCUAAACUCUUCCUAUCUACUUAAUGAGUAUUUUCAGUUGUCCAGAAAAAAAAGAACAAGCACAAAUAUACCUUCAGCAGUGUAUACUGCAGGCGCAAAUACGGUAAAUAUGAAAUUUAUCCGUCGACCUCGAUCCUAAAUUAACGAGUAUACUACUUUUCAGAAAAUAAAUAAAUGCUUCUUUUAUUUUAUUAAAAUAAGAAUUUACAAAAAGGGUUGCAAGUACGGAAUAUAAAGUAUAUAUAUAUAUAUAUAUAUUCACAUAAAUGCACCUAUUCAUGAAUCAUGAACCCCAAGAAAGAAGACCAAAGUGUGAAUUCCAAAUCUCUCCCAUUCUGCAACUCACAUAUACCAAAAAGCUUUGUUCAAUUUACUUCAGUGGGAAAAAAUCUAUGUGCAUCGUCCUCCCAACCAAACAUGAUUUCUCCAUCAUCGAGCUUUAAACCAACAUUAAACGAUCAAGAUUAUAUGGAACUUGUUUGCGAAAAUGGGCAGAUUCUUGCAAAGAGUCGAAAAACCAACAACAACGGCUAUUUUCAGAAUAAACGAACGCAAUCGAUAUUGGAUUUGUACGAGACCGAAUACGAUGAGAGUUUCAAGAAAAACAUCAAGAAUUUAGAAGAAACACAAGUUGUUCCUGUGAGUGACGAACAUACCAAUAAUAAAAAGAGGACUAGGUCCUCCAAGAAUGAAUUAGAGAGAGAUCUUUUAAAAGGCAACAAACGUUUUGAGUCACCAACGUUGAAUGAUGGUUCUUUGAAAGGUUUACAGAAUGUUGAAGCUAUCACAACUCCUGAUGAGCAAUCUACAGCUGUUGGAAGAUCCACAAAAUUGUACUUUAAGCCUUCUUCUAUACUUUCUCGAGGAACUUCUAGAGAUCUAAGUUGUUCUUUAAAGAAGAGAAAGCAUGGAGACAAUGAAGAAGAAGAAACAACCUAUCUAAGUAAUAGUUCAGAUGAUGAAUCAGAUGAUGCUAAAACACGAGUUCCUGCGAGAACAAGAAAGACUAUGGCUAAGAGAAAACGAAGCACAGAAAUCCAUAAGUUAUCUGAAAGAAAGAGAAGACACGAGAUCAGCAAGAAAAUGCGUGCUUUGCAGGAUUUACUACCUAACUGUUACAAGAAUGAUAAGGUAUCAUUGUUGGAUGAGGCUAUCAAAUAUAUGAGGACUCUUCGACUUCAAGUUCAGAUGAUGAGUAUGGGAAAUGGAGUAAUACAGCCAUCUAUGAUGUUGCCGAUGGGUAAUUACUUUCCCAUGGGUCUAGGAAUGCAUAUGGGCGCAGCAACAACAACAACAUCAGCACCACAAUUUAUGCCUAUGAACGUUCAAGGAACCGCUUUUCAUGGGAUUAACAAUGCAUCAUCACAUAUGCUAAGUGCCUUUCUUAAUCAUCCCACAGGACUAAUCCCAGACUCUCCCAUCUUUUCUCCAUUGGAAAGCUGCUCUCAGCAUCUGGUCGCUCCUUCAUGUUUUCCUGAGACUCAAGCUACUUCCCUUAGUCAGUUUCCAAUGUCUGCGUCGACCUCGAACUUCGAAGAUGCUAUGCAGUUUAGAGGAAGCAGUGGUUAUUAGUCAUUGUUCGCUAAACUUAAAGUUGUACUUGUAGAUAGUUGAUGAUGAUGUCUACUAUUUUCAAAGUGGAUGUACAAUGUUCAACUAUAAGUUAUAACGUGAAUCAUGGAGUGUAUAACAGUCUCAAAUAGAGGAUGUGCAUGCAUUUGCAUAAAUAAUAAGAAAAAUGAAUUGUA